UGUAUCUCUCACAUAGCCCCUUCUAACCUAGAGAGGCUUUUCUUCCACAUCCACCAAACCCUUGAUCUUUUGUGCUUGUUUUUAUAGAAGGAUGGCAUGUGUAAUGCCAUAUAAUUUGUGUUAGAAGUGAGAACCACUACAAGAACCUUUAAAUAGAUUGCUUUCUUUUUCCUUUUGUAUAGAAAUCCAAAUCCCACUUCUUUUUUCUAUGGAUAAACACACUUUUGUGGACAUCAACCACAGUAACUUCACAAACAAUACUUGGGAAGUUGACUUGGCUAUGGAAGAGCAGAUCCUCCAUGACCAUCAUCUUCCUUUUGAUGCAGUUUGGCCUAAUUGUCCUCUUCCAACACACAACAUAACAGCAGCAGCAGCAGCAUCAAGUCAAAUAUCCGCUUCGGUUCUACUUGGUGAUCAAAUGGGAAAUCUGUUGGAAGAAGAUGAGGAGCCAGAAGAAGAGCUAGGAGCCAUGAAAGAGAUGAUGUACAAGAUUGCAGCGAUGCAGCCAGUGGACAUCGAUCCAGCCACAAUUCGGAAACCUAAGAGGCGAAAUGUAAGAAUCAGUGAUGAUCCACAGAGUGUAGCAGCACGCCACCGGAGAGAAAGGAUCAGCGAGAAAAUUCGGAUUCUCCAAAGACUCGUCCCAGGUGGAACAAAAAUGGACACAGCUUCAAUGUUAGAUGAGGCCAUCCGCUAUGUCAAGUUCCUAAAGAGACAAAUUCGCCAGCUACAAUCCAAUCAUCACCCAUCACAUACCGAUGUCACGGCCUGCCUAUCCACCCCAGAUUGGGCAGUUACAUCAACCAAACUUCUUGGUUCCACCUCCUCAUCAUCAAUGGAAGCACCCGGCGGAGGCGGAUUCAGCUUCAGAGCUCUUUAACCAUGAGGUAAUUAGAGUGGGGUAGUGAUAAUUGGUUUUUUAAUUGGAAAAACAAACAGUAGAAAGAAAUGUAGAGUAGUGGUGACGUUUAAGGGGAAAUGUGUAAGGGUGAAUUUAGGGGGUUUCUGUGAACCCAAGGUUGUUAGGAUAUUGUUGACUAAAGGGGCAUUGGAAUAAUCAUAACGGUUAGCUUGGGUUACGUACAUCCAUAUAUAUAAUAUAUAAUAAGGCCCUUCAAGUUUCUGAGUUGGCCGGAAAGUUUGUUUGGCCAGCUCUCUCCCGGGAAUAAA